CUUGCUCGCCGCUGAAGCCUGAAGCCUGAAGCCGGAGAGUCCUCAGACUCUCCCUUUUUCGCACUCUCUAUAGCUUAGAGCACUUUAAUCGGCCUACCUUCUAGUCUAGAGCCUUUUAAUCAAACUUUCUUGUCACAUAUAUCUAUUUCUUUCUCAGGCUACACACCUUCGGCGAAAAGAAAAAAUGAGCGCUGCCCUACCGAUCGUUGACCCGACCAGCUUUACCCUGCCCAACCACAAGGACCCGGAAUAUGCACCUCUGAUAAACAUCUUGACGGGUACUGGCCUCAGCUUAGAUGAUGCCGUGAAGGAAAUGGAUGAGGUAUGGAAGGCGGCGCAGAAAAAGAGGGUGCAGGCAUGGAAUGACGAGCUGCGCAGGGUCGAAGCGGAUCGCGCGAGAGUCAGGGCUGACGAAGAGAAGAAGGAGGAGGACGAGAGGUUGAAGCGCGAAGAGGAAGAGAGGAAGGAAAAGGACGAAGAAGAAAAAAAGCGGGUUAAGAUGCCUGCAAUGGAUGAAGCUACGACCAUCUCCACGACACCCCGCUUCCCAGUCCCUCAGUACGCACUCGACAAGAUCUCCAAAAAGUUGUGGGUCGAACACGACUUGUUUACACCACGGAUGGCCCGCAAAGCAGCAGUCGAAUCCCGUUCGAUUCCUACCAACCCCUUCUCGGGCCUACCAGAGUCGAAUCCGCUCCACGCCCUGUCGACGCUAGUCGAGACACAAAAGCCUCGUGGCGUCAUUGCGGACGAGGCGCUUUCCUACAGCGACCUAUCCAUCGCCAGCAAACACUUUUUACGAGCCAUUCACGACGCCGAUUGGGAUGAGGAGCACGUUGAGGCCUGGACGGUCCUCUACUACGAACUCGAUAAGCAUCCCUUUCGUUCCGAAUCCGAAGAGGAGCGCGAGUUGUACAACGAAGUGCUUGUUCGCUACCACGCACAGGCCAAACGCGAGUUCUUCGACGCGAUCAAGCGCAAGGCCAAGUCAGUCUUCAACAUCGGCCGCAUAAAUCAAGAGCGUAUGGAGAAUGUCUUAAGAGAUGUCAGGCGUGAACGAGACGCUAUCAUCACCAAACGGAGCAUAGCGGCGAUAGAGCAGAUGGAGCGGCUUGUCGAGGACAGCUCUCGCACAAAAGAGAACUCUCGCGAGCGGGGGCCCAACGCCAUGCAAAGAACGCGCUACCGCUCCCCAGACCGAACCUCUCGCCGUCGUCGUUCCUCCUCCCCAUACCGCAGACGCUCGCCGUCGCCACCCCCGCGCCGCUCACCUCGCGAUCGCUACCUAAAAAUUGCAUCCUCUGGUCGACGAGAAAACGAGAAUUUUCGUCCGGACGCAGGUACGGCGGCCUUAUCCGCCUGCGUCAUCUGUCUGGGCCGCCACCGCCACAGACUCUCCGAGUGCGCAAGCCUCACCCUGUGGAACGGUGCCCCUGCUUACUCCGAACGACGAGGCAAAACCGUCACGAUCAAAGCCUCACGGGAAGCGGUAUGCCUCUCCUGGAACUACCCAAACGGCUGCGACGACGGCUCUCACCCCGGACGUCACAUCUGCACCGGCUGCGGUUCUUCUUCCCAUGGAGCCCAGCGCUGUCAUCUCGCAGAGAAGACGAACACCACGGACUCCGCUUAAAGCGGAUGCAUGGGAGGCGUACCUCAUCGAGUCAGGCCUCAUCGCAAGAUACCCGCUUCUUCCUCGGUCUCUUCGUUCCGGUUUCUUUAUUGGUGUUCUCUCUAUUUCGCAUACUUUCACUCCACCUAAUCGUCCCGCCGUACACGAAUAUGCGGACGCCUUUCAGACUAUCAUCCAAAAGGAGAUCGAUGCCGGCCGUUACCUUGGCCCCUUCACCCGUCUCCAAAUCGAACAUUCCAUCGGCCCAUUCCAGUCUUCCCCUCUCUCCCUCGUACCAAAAGCUGGGAAGCCCGGAAAAUUUCGUCUCACUCAAAAUCUAUCUCAUCCACGCUCUCCACUCGUACUACUGUCGUCGCCGUCAUCCCCAAUCACCAUAUCUUCCAUCAACUCCUCUAUUGAAGCCUCCGACUUCCCUUGCACAUGGGGAACCUUCACUGUCGUCUCACUCUGGCUCUACCAGCUCCCGCCCGGUUCUGAGCUUGCAUGCCGGGAUAUCGCCGACGCGUUCCGCUCAGUCCCUUCCGAUCCAUCACAAUGGCCAGGAUCCGUCGUCCGCACCGGUGACGAUGAGUUCUUCAUCGAUACCAACGUCAUGUUUGGCAUCACCUCGGGCGUGGGAGUUCACGGUACCGUCGCAGAUGCUGGUACCGACAUUUUCCGCUGGAAGGGAAUGGGGCCAGUCUCCAAGUGGGUGGAUGACCACCUGUUCGCUCGGAUACUCCGCGAAUACCUCCCCGAGUACAACAGACGACGUGCUGCCGCUCAUCAGCGUAUCGAAGCCAACGGCGGACGGCGUCAAGAUGGAUCUCGCUUCUGGUAUGCAGGCACGACCCUUCCGGACGGGCGAAUUGAGGAAUUCGACAACGACUGCAAAUUUCCGCUACAAGACCUAUCCUCCCGUUCAUCUCGCUUGCCUGUGGACGCUAAGUUUGCAUACUGUAUGGCCGACAUCGAUGAGCUAUCCGAAGAAUUGGGGCUCCUUUGGGGCAAGGAUAAGGACAUCUCAUUCCGGCCGCUUUGCCCAUUCACAGGCCUGGAGUGGGACAUUGAGAGACGGAUGGUGUCGGUUGGGGAGGCGAAGAAACAGAAAUAUCUCAAUGCCAUCGCGGUGUGCCGUGAGCGGCGAUCCCACGUCCUUCAGGAGACACAAAAACUCUAUGGCAAGCUUCUGCACGUCUGUCAGGUUAUACCACGAGGACGAGCGUUUCUCACCAACCUGGAGACCUUACUCCAACUCUCCCAUGAUCGUCCAUUCGUUCCGCUCACCCCUCCAUCCGGCACAACUGAAGACCUCGAGUGGUGGCACCGCACACUCUCAAGACCGUUCCUCUCCCGGUCUCUCUUCAUUCCGGCCGUGGUCGCAGACCCAGGCGCCUUCUCGGAUGCAAGCUCUGGAACAGGGAUCGGGAUCGUCAUCGGGGGUAGAUGGAGAGCGUGGCGACUUCUCCCUGGCUGGAAGCAGGACAGGCGCGACAUUGGUUGGGCGGAGGCCGUGGGCUUCGAGCUACUCGUCCGAACCCUAUUCAGCAUCGCCGACUGUCCAUCACAUCUCAAGGUGUACGGUGACAAUAAAGGAGUGGUCGAAGGCUGGUGGAAGAACCGAAGCCGCAACCCGACCGUCAAUGCAGUCUUCCGUCGAGUCCACGACGUCCUGGAGGACAAGGGUAGCACGGUGUACUCCCGCUACGUAUCAACCCAUUCCAAUCCCGCAGACAACCCAUCCCGAGGUAUCUACGGCGCGAAUUCUCUCCUACUACCGCCGGUCAAAAUCCCCAACGCCCUUACGCCAUACCUCGUCGACUUUGAUGCCCUCUUAUCUCCCGUGGAGGAAAAAGCUCGCACUGAGCAGUCCUACAAAUCACAGCCGAAAAUCCUCGACACCGAAGCGCGCAAACGGGGCUCCGAGAUCAACCUCGAACUUACGGCCAUCGGCAACUCCCUCCUCGCGAAUGAGAUCUACUGGUGGGACUGAGCACAGUUUCGGCGCGGUCAUCUCCCUCCCCUAUCGCGUGCCGGUAGCCCAGCGCCCUCGUCCCUAUC